AGGUUAACGCAGAGUGGGCGGGGCAAAGAGAGAUUUUGAACAUGGCGGAUAAAGAGAAGAAGAAGAAGGAAAGUAUAUUUGAUUUGUCGAAAUAUAUCGACAAACAUAUCAGAGUGAAAUUUCAAGGAGGUCGUGAAGCAAGCGGUGUCUUGAAAGGCUUUGACCCAUUGUUAAAUCUUGUGUUGGAUGGCACCAUUGAAUAUAUGCGAGAUCCAGAUGACCAGUAUAAACUGACUGAAGACACCCGGCAGCUCGGUCUUGUCGUGUGUCGAGGGACGUCUGUCGUUCUGAUCUGCCCACAGGACGGGAUGGAGUCCAUUCCAAAUCCCUUCAUUCAACAGCAGGAUGGAUAAACCGCACACUAACGCAAACACAAGCAGACACCAUGCAGUGUUUUUUUUACGCUGUGUAGAUGUUUGCUAAAGAAAACAGUUGUUUUUUGUUUAGUUUGAAGUAAUGGAUAGUGAUGUCAUUUUGUAUUUAGACUCAGGAUAAAUGUUUUUAUUUCUGCAGUUUAUGAAACUUAUGCAUUGUUGAUUUUUGCAAUGUUGACUAUUGUUUUAUCUUGAAUGUUUUCUGUUUAUGAAAACAGGCACGUAGUGUUUCCUGAUCCUUUCAAUGUUGUCGUUAAUUUUGACAUUAAUAAACAUCUGGGGUUUGAUUUCUAAUAUAAGCAAAAACAGAUUAUUACUGUACCUCAAAUGGUGUUCCCCACUUACUUGCGUUUGUUUAGAAAAGCAUUUGUUACACCGAUAGAAGAUGAUCCUAAAGGUGAAUCUUUAUAAUCUUUACGAAAAUUGUAUUUUGAAAGCUUUCAAUACAACAACCGACACCUUC